CUUCUCUCAAGCUCACCGUCCUCAACCCCACCGGUCGCGUCUGGACAAUGGUCGCAGCGUCCAUCAUCUACAACGAUACCAUCGCAGCAGCCGGUUUCGCACAUGAACUCGCCAAAUAUGGUGAAUAGUGCACCAAGCGAGGGUCAGAGAGUCGAAUACGCAAAGACGAUCCUCGACCUACUCACGCGCCCACCUCCCCGCCCUGAUGGCAAGAUCCUCCUGGUAUCGCAAACUUCACCAAUGCAGUUCCAACCUUCAAGGGCAUUAUCCAGGCAUUUACAUCCUACAAACCUCAACUCAGUGCACACAAUGCCAAGAUCUAUGUCCGUCAUAGCGGUCCCAACUGGCAAGCAGGUCUUAAAGCCAUCCGUCUACUUGACGAACCCCUCGGCAUCCCCAUCCGUGUCUUCGGCCCCGAUACCCAUAUCACCGAAAAUCAUGCCCAUUGCCCUCGGCCUCAAAUCCACAACAAGCUCGACAGCACUCACAAGCAUCCCCGCUGUCGCACCCGGCAUCCCCAAGAUCUCACCCGCAGCUCCCGAGCCCGGGGCCAGCAAUGUCAGAACCAUCUACGCAGACACGAUGUCGUCGUCCGUUUCGAUUCCGCCAACAGCACCAAGGGGUCCAGGCCCGCAUACAGACCAUUCGACGAAGACACCUGCAGCUUCGUCUAGGGUCUCCAGCCACGCGCCAUCCAGGGAAUGUCGGACUUCGACUACAGCUGUAAACACGCACCCCUCCAUUGGCAACUAUGAUUUACCCCUUUGGUGGACACCACAUCCAGAAAUUCUACUGGGGCACACAAGCACCCCGACGUCGAUGUCGUCGUCAACUUCGCGUCCAGCAGAAUUGUGUAUAGCAGCACGAUGGAGUGUUUUUGGGUACGAGAGUAUCAAGGCCAUCGCGUUGAUCGUUGUGGGUGUGCCAGAAUUCCGGGUGAGGGAGAUUCUGUGGAAGGCAAAGGAGAAGGGUGUGUUGAUCAUUCCUGCUACUGUUGGAGGGAUCAAACCUGAUUGCUUUAGGAUUGAAAACUCUGGAGGGUGCGUUCUCUCCUUUGUGUUCGACUCGCGCUGACCUGAACAUCUUACAGCAUGAUGGACACGUUGUUUUGCCCAAUGGGACAGUGACUGAUAUCACAGAUUCCACAAAUCCAGAUCUGUUCUUUGCGUUGCGGGGGGGAUUCAACAACUUUGUGCGUAGCGACAA